GGCCCCUCGCAUGAAGUGCUGUCUGGGGCUGGGACCGCAGGCCACGCGUGAUGGUGGGAGGAAGGGAAUCCGAGGCAGAGCAACAGAGGUGGGAAGGCCCUGAAGGCCCUCAGGAGUGAAGGGAGGCCGAUGGAAGGUGGCCAAGCAGCGGCUUUGCCGUCAGCCCCGGAAGAGCCUGUAGGGCAGAAGCAGGGCGUGUUGGAACCAUGGGGACUGCAGGCCUUCCAAGGGGCGCCUAGUGGUCCACGCUUGCCCGUUGGCUGGGCAGUGGGACCGGGAAGACUGGGGAGAAGUGAGCUGGCAAGCCGCCAAGAGGCUCCUUCCCACGCUCGGAGCCUUCGGCCCCGGGACAGGACGCAGGGCUUCCCAAAGCCCCUUCAUACGGGAGAAGCAGCAUCGCCCUCGGCCUUCUCGGAUCUUCCGCAGACCCGGCCUCAGCUGUGAGUUCCUGCUGCUCCACGCCCAGGGAGGCGCCCGGGUGUGCAGCUGUUCCAUGUCGCCAGGAGACUUCCGGGGCAAAGGCUGUUCGACAGACUGAUGAAGUUGACCUUCUACGGGCAGUUUGUGGCUGGUGAGGACCAAGAGUCCAUCCGGCCCCUGAUCCAGCACAACAGGGCCUUCGGCGUGGGCUCGAUCCUGGACUACAGCGUGGAGGAGGACCUGAGCCCCGCGCAGGCCGAGCACCGGGAGAUGGAGGCCUGUACCUCAGCGUUGGAGAGGGACGGCCAUGGCACCAGCAAGAGGGAGAAGCAGCUCCAGGCCCACCGGGCGUUCGGAGACCGCAGGGACGGCGUCGUCAGCGCCCCCACCUACUUCUACGCCAGCGAGGCCAAGUGUGACAGCCACCUGGAAAUGUUCCUGCACUGCAUCGAGGCUUCCGGCGGGGCCAGUGAUGACGGCUUCUUAGCCAUCAAGCUCACCGCGCUGGGGAGACCCCAGUUUCUGCUGCAGUUCUCAGAUGUGCUGACCAAGUGGAGACGCUUCUUCCACCAAAUGGCCACAGAGCAGGGCAAGGCCGGGCUGGCUGCCCUGGACACGAAGCUGGAGGUGGCUGCGCUGCAGGAACGCGUGCUGAAGAUGGGCACCGCGUCCCGGACGGAGGUUGAGGACUGGUUCACCGUGGAGACCCCGAGUGCGUCCGGCACCCUGGACCUGCUGGCCUGGGGUGGCCUCAUCGACAGCCGGACUGAGCUCUCCAAGCACCUGGUGGUCCCCAACACGCAGACGGGACAGCUGGAGCCUCUGCUGUCUGGGUUCACGGAGGAGGACGAGCGGCAGAGGGCGCGGAUGCUGCAGCGGAUGGACGUCCUGGCCCAGAAAGCCAGCGCGGAGGGCGUGCGGCUGAUGGUGGACGCCGAGCAGAGCUACUUCCAGCCGGCCAUCAGCCGCCUGACGCUGGAGCUGCAGCGCAGGUUCAACGCGCAGAGGCCGCUGGUCUUCAACACGUACCAGUGCUACCUGCAGGAUGCCUAUGACAACGUCACCCUGGACGUGGAGCUGGCUCGCCGCGAGGGCUGGUGUUUCGGGGCCAAGCUGGUGCGCGGCGCGUACAUGGCCCAGGAGCGGGCCCGCGCCCUGGAGGUGGGCUGUGAGGACCCUAUCAACCCCACGUAUGAGGCCACCAACGCCAUGUACCACAGGUGCCUUAACUACAUCCUGGAGGAGCUGAAGCACAACGCCAAGGCCGCGGUGAUGGUGGCCUCGCACAACGAGGACACCGUGCGCUUCACACUGUGCAGCAGGUCCCUCUGGCACCAGGGUCCUCCACAGAUGAUGUGCACAGAGGCCCGGCCCCUGCCUGGUGGCGCCAUCACCACCUCAGCGGGCUGUGGUUGCCCCUCACGUUUUCGGUUUCGGUCACGGGCUGGUCCACUCAGACUCACUAGGAUGGAGGAGCUGGGCCUGCACCCUGCCGAUCGCCAGGUGUACUUUGGGCAGCUUCUGGGCAUGUGCGACCACAUCAGCUUCCUGCUGGGUGAGCUGGGCCUCCCAGGGGCUGGGGCGCAGGGGCGGGGCCGGGACUCACUGCCUGUGCCCCCGCGUGCAGGCCAGGCGGGCUUCCCCGCAUACAAGUACGUGCCUUACGGCCCCGUGAUGGAGGUGCUGCCCUACCUGUCCCGCCGAGCCCAGGAGAACAGCGCGGUCAUGGAGGGCACCCAGAGGGAGCGGCAGCUGCUAUGGCGGGAGCUCAAGCGCAGGCUGCGCACGGGCAGCCUCUUCCACCGCUGGGCCUAGGGCCGCGGCCGCCUCCCACCCUCACUCACGCCACCUUCUACACCCCAGCCUGUGAAGCCCGGCUGGCCCCUGCGCGUGGGCACCCAGGUGCAGGCUGAGUCCAACACUGGCCAGAGCUGCUGGGAACUGACCGAACUGCCCUUGAACAAGCGAGCACGGCUGCACCUCUGCCCACCCCCAUGGCCUGGACCUGAAGAACCACCUUUGCAGGGUCCAGCCCACGUGCCCCAAGUCCCCCAGGUGGGCAGCUGCUGGUGGGGGAGGCUGGCCUGUCAAUAAACCACUGUUUCUGCAGCAGAGAACCCUCAACUCCAGGCCCAGAAGCUCUUCCCCGCAGGGCCCUGACGUGUGCGCAGCGGCAGCGGGCGUGGCCCCUCACGGUCAGGCUCCGGUGUCACACGCCCCCCCCCC